AUAAAUUAAUACUUUCCUUGAAACCUAAAAACCCCACCCUAAAACCCUAGGCCCCAAAUUCUCUCAAUCUCACAACAAUCAGCCGAAACAAUGACAGGAGAAGCAGUAAACCCUAAAGCAUACCCAUUGGCUGAUGCUCAGCUUACAAUCACAAUAUUAGAUCUUGUUCAACAAGCUGCUAACUACAAACAACUCAAAAAAGGCGCCAAUGAAGCUACAAAGACCCUGAACAGGGGUAUAUCCGAAUUCAUAGUGAUGGCUGCAGAUGCCGAGCCUCUUGAAAUUAUUCUCCAUCUUCCUCUUCUUGCUGAAGAUAAGAAUGUACCUUAUGUUUUUGUCCCUUCAAAACAAGCAUUGGGGAGAGCAUGUGGAGUCACAAGACCUGUGAUUUCGUGUUCGGUAACUAGUAAUGAAGGAAGUCAACUCAGAUCACAAAUCCAGCAACUCAAGGAUGCCAUUGAGAAGCUUUUAAUCUAAGGAGCCGAGAGACGGUGUGACAAGCCUUUUAAGGCUUUGACUGAGGCCGGUUUUGUUACGUAGCAACAAAUUUUCUGUUAUUUAUAAUCUACUACCGUAUUGUUUUUUAACGAGUUUUCACAACUGAUGAUCAGUGUUCAUGUGUUGGUAAUUUGGAUUUGUGACAGUUGAACCCUAGUCUUGGACAAUGUUGUUGAAUGAUUGAACAAAACAAAUUAUAAUCUAUUUGACCCUUGAACCAAA